AUGUUCUUGGUUCUGGGUGUGCCGUUCAUUCGCAAUCUGUUCGAGGGUAGUCAUGCCCCUGAACCGGCACCUGGACGUCGAUCAGGCAGCGGACGUCUUCAAGCGGCCACCGUCGGAGGGAAGUUCCGAAGUCAACUUGCGAUUUUAUUGGAGAAAUUACGGGAAACGGGUACACACUUUGUGCGUUGUGUCAAACCGAAUUCAACGAUGAGCGCCGGAAUUUGUGACGGAGCAGCCAUACUGUCCCAGUUGAAAUGUGCUGGAAUGGCCAGCGUACUGAAAUUGAUGCAAAAAGGAUUCCCUUCGAGGACAUCAUUCGCCGAUCUUUACGAAAUGUAUCGACGCCAGUUGCCUCCAGACCUGGCACGACUCGAUCCAAGGCUUUUCUGCAAAUGCCUCUUCCAUGCCCUUGGCCUAAAUAAUGUCGAUUACAAGUUCGGUCAAACUAAAGUAUUCUUCAGGCCAGGGAAGUUCGCCGAAUUCGAUCAGGUCAGUGACGAAUGCACCUUAUCAAUGAAUUUCAUGGUCCGUUCACCUAUGUACAGCUGA